AUCAUUUAACCACCCCAAAAACCCUUUCACCCACACCCUCCUCCCACCUUCCCCCUCCCUUUCCUUCCAUUCGCAGGCUGGUGACAAACGCGCUUUCAACCGGUGCGCGUAUGGCGCGUGAAGUGUUGUGACCGAACCCCCGGGACCGCGAUCGUCGUCCGUAGCGUUGUACGCCAUCAUCACCGACCAAAACUUUCCCAUACGCCUUUGAGUUCGUGUUGAUAGUCGCACCGGGCCGCCAAUCGAAUCGGCGUUUUAUCCGGCGUCCGGGGAGAGUCCGUGUUACUGAGUAAUCUGCGUUUCGGUUUCGCUGCGGCCGCUGGCCUGUUAUCGGACCGGAAGUACGCGCGACACAGUGCGGGUGAUUCGGCGUGGUCGUUUGCUUCGCUAUCGGUGUACCGCGAGUGCCGCGACUAUUGUUUGUGCGUGUGCUAGUAUUUGUUCGUGUGUGUGUGUGUUGUUUACUAGUGUGUGUUCGUGUGAGUGUGUGUGCUAGUGUGUAACUCGACCCGGAUUGCGGAGGAACCAGGACGCCAGCACCGUUUAUCCAGAUCAAAAUGAAGAUCGUUGCCGUAAUGCUGCUGGUGGCGCUGCUAGCGCUGGCAGCCCGUGCCCGACCAUCCACCGGUAAGCUCGAUCCGUCCGAUCUCGCCGACAUCGCCCUGGUGGAGGAGGAUGUGGCGCGCAUCAAGCGCUCCGGGCUCGGUUCGGGCAGCGGCUCCUUUGACCUGCUCGGUGGUCUCAAGAAGACCAUUCUGUCCGGCAUAGGGUCCGCCUCGGCAUCACUGGUCGCCGGCAGCAGCAGCUCGUCGCUUUCGUCCGGCUCGGGACACGGCAGCAGUGGUGGCAGCAGCUCCGGACACAGCUCCGCCGGCUACGGUUCGUCCGGCCACUCGUACGACAAACCACACGAGGAGUCCCACUUUGAUGGUUGGUCGCUAAAGAAGUCGAUCCUGAACACGCUGUUCCAGGCGGUGAAGGCCAUCACCGGUGGCGUGACCGCCAUCAAGGGUCAGCUGAUCAAGGGUUCCGGCUAUCUGGUGAGCGGUGCCGGCAAGCUGAUCGCAUCCGGCGGCGAUGCCGUGACCGGUGUCGGCAAGAAGAUCGCCCUGUCCGCCCACCUCAUCCCACCGAAGCACGGUUCCUCCUCGUCGCACCCAUUCACCAAGCUGCUGUCGUCCUCGUCGUCCGGCCUGACCGCUACCCUCUCGCACUCGUCAUCACCAUCGUCGCACCAUUCCGGCGAGCAGCAUCACUCCGGCGAAAGUUACACCAGCUACGAGGGUCCGAGCAGCUACGGACACGAUUCACACGGUUCCAGUGGCCCAUCCGGUCCGUCCUACAUCCCGCCCGCCAAGAGCUCGCACAAACCGUCGCUUAACUCGUACGGCACCGAGCUGGAGCAUCACGGCCACGGUGGUUACAGUGGUGGCAAGUACGGUCACUCGUCCGAUGCGCACCACCCCUACGGAUCGUACGAGCACGAGCAUGGCCACUCGUCACCGGUGGAAGCGUCGGACGUACUGCGAGAGAUACUGAACCAGAAGAUACCGAGCCACGGUCACGGGCCGAAGAAGGUGAUCGCCCAGUACGAAAUCCCGUCCGACUCGCAUCCGCCACCGUUCAAACCGAUGAAGCACGGCUACCUACCGCCCCACUCGGUCACCCACUCGAUCACCACCUCGUUCGGUGCGCCGGCGGAACCAGCGGAACCGGCCUUCCCGAGCUCGUACGACAUCUACCGCUCGAUGAGCCUGAAGCACGCUGGCCACGGUGAUCCCUCCUCUUCCUCCUCCUCCUCCUAUCCGAGUCCACGCUCGAAACUGCAGGCAUCGGUGUCGUACGAGCUGGUGCCACCGCGCCCGGGACCGCCGGCGGACGAGCUGGUGUUGGGCGAGUUGACGAAGCACCUUGGCAACGGCAUCGAGGUCCAGAAGUCGCUGACGUACGAGAUUGCAGACCCCUCGCAGACGCACCUACACCACAAGCGACGCUCUGACGACGACCACGUGGACGAUCACACCGACUCCGAGGCGCAAUCCUCGGGUGUUGAGGCACAAUCCGCUCCCACCAGCACCAGCACCAGCACCGUGACGUAGAACGUGACCCACCGAUUGCGAUGAGUCGAAUGACGACCAAUGACGACGACGAUGACGACACGGUCAAGGACUCUCAUCCCUUUUCCCUUUCAUCCUCCCAUAUCCUUCUUCCACCACGAAAAAACCCGACCUUGCACACCAUGGAUCGAUCGUCCGACAAAACACAAAGAAUCCGAUUACAGCAAGAUCGUCGUGGGCUAGACGCGUAAAUGCUAGCUGAGGGUACCGUACCGUAACCUACUCCGUGCACAGACUAUCGCAGCCCUCCACCAUCACCACAUCGAUUCAUCGAUGACUCCAAGUUGCUCAAGUUGCUCACGUGUCCAGAAGAAGAACAAGAAGAAGGAGAAUACUCACGAGCGCGGCCGCUCGAGCGGCGAAGAUUUCAUUGCUCCAUCAUUUCCAGUAGACGUAAUCAUAGACAAGUAAACAGCGGCCGCAGGUAAGGUGCUACUAAUUGUUACGGGCCAACAUUGCAUUAGCCGGACACCAGCCUUCCUCGAGCGCUCCUGCUCUCGAGGCUGGCGGUCAGCACUAGAUUUUAGCUCUUAAGGCAUUCCGCUCCGAUUCCUUCGUGUCGUGGUGAGGAAGCGUGGCGAAUGCACCUCACCAUGUUGGGUUUGUUGGGUACUAGCGGACGCAGUCACUCACUGUGUCGGUGUCUCUCUGCCCUUCCUCUGCCAGUCUCUCGCUCUCUCUCUCACACACCGGUCUUUUGUAUAUUUAUUCAAGUUCAAACUUACCCCUCCUGAAGACCGCACCCGUCCGUUCGGUAGUUCACUAGCGAGCGAUUAGCUUAAUAAGAAAGAAAGAAAGAGAGAGAGAGAGAGAAAGAGAGAGAAAGAGAGAUAGAGAAUACUAGGGACGGGGGUGAAUAAUAAA